UUCUUGUUACCAAUCUUUGACUCAACUAUCUAGAUAUACCUGAGUCAGCCAAAUCGUUUUGCUCAGUAAGACAGGCACCUCGGCACAACUUUCCAGCAUUCCACCCUUAAGUAUUACACCAGCUAGUCAUGAACCCACUUUCUUUUUGCCCGUUCUCUGUUGACGCUGUCAGUCCGUUCUUGAAAUCCACUCGUGGUGCCCUCGAGUGACGAGUCUCUCACAAAAUGACAACGACGGCCGACCCGUCAUCUCCAGUCAAAGAGACCAAACAAAGCCCAGGCGCAUCAUGGAAAAAGGACGAGGAGCAUAUCGUCCCAAAAAAUCGUUUGGGAAUCGUGUUCUUCGGUUUGAUGUGCAGUACAUUCUUGGCAGCUUUAGAUCAAACUAUUGUAGCCACUGCCUUGCCCACAAUCGUAGCGGACCUUGGAGGGGGGAAUAACUACAGUUGGGUAGGAAGUGCGUACAUGCUGGCAUCCGCUUCUUUGGGCCCGCUAUACGGCAAACUAUCCAAUAUUUUAGGCCGCAAACCCGUACUAUAUGGGUCCAUCGUCAUAUUUUUAAUUGGUUCAGCGUUAUGCGGCGCAGCCCAGACUAUGACAUGGUUGAUUGUCUGUCGUGCUGUACAAGGAAUUGGCGGCGGGGGCAUCAUGCAACUCGUACAGAUCACUAUAUCUGACAUUGUGUCAUUGCAAGACCGAGGCAAGUAUGGUGGUUUCAUUGGUGCCACCUGGGGCAUAGCAAGCGUUAUUGGACCAUUAAUCGGCGGUGUUUUCACCGAUCAUAUAAGUUGGAGGUGGUGCUUCUGGAUCAAUUUACCGACUGGGGGCUUAUCUGGGAUACUUUUAUUCUUCUUCUUAAACUUAAACCCCCAUCAAGGAAGACCAUUCCGUGACCAUCUACGAGAAUUUGAUUUCGUUGGGCUUUUCGUGAUUGUUAUAGGUGUCAUUUGCGUGCUUAUAGGUUUCAACUCGAGCGAAACGACAUGGCAAAGCGGAGAAACCAUUGCUCUCCUUGCUGUGGGAGGCACGUUGCUAAUCAUUGGGGGCGUUAAUGAGAUAUACACAAAGCGAUCCCCCAUUAUCCCUCCUCGUCUUUUCAAAACACGCACAACUGGCUUGAUAUUAGUUUCUGUAGUCUUCCAUGCUGUGGUAUUCUUCACAGGUUCAUACUACCUUCCAAUGUACUACCAAGUUCUUGGCGCAUCGGCAACGAACUCUGGCAUUAAAAUGCUACCUUAUUCAUUGACCACUUCGCUCAUGUCAGCGCUUUCCGGAAUAGUUGUAACCAAAACGGGAUCCUACCGUCCUGCCAUGUGGUUCGGAUGGAGUGUCAUGACGCUUGGUUGGGGUCUCAUGAUCAUGUUGGACAAUACGAGCACUAUCGCAGAGCAGGAAAUCUACCCCUUGAUUGCAGCACUUGGUAUUGGUUGCUUGUUCCAGACCCCGCUUGUUGCUGUACAAGCAGCAAUGCCUAUCAAAGACAUGGCCACCAGUACAGGUGCUUUUGUGUUCCUCCGAACUCUUGGGGGUACGAUCGGUAUUACGAUCGGAGAAACUAUUCUUUCCAGUGUCCUUCAGCAGAAACUGCGGGGCAUCCAAGGCCUCACCAUAGACACUUCUGCGGCAGCCCUGAAUGAUAGUAUCAGGCAGAUCUCUUCCAUUUCUAAUCCAGUAGUGCGUAAUGAGGUUAUGCAUGCUUACUCGCGGUCUAUCAGUACCAUUUGGUUGGUCAACACGCCACUAUCUGCAUUCGGUCUCUUUCUAGUUCUCUUCAUUCGUGGCUACACGCUAGAGCGCACAAUCAUCCGUGGCGGCGAGAAGAAGUUAGGAGACGUCGAGAAGGGUGCUGUUCAAGUGACGAUAGAGGAAGACUCACCAGUCACGGAGUCAGGAUAUCCUGAGAAGGAAAAGAGACAAGACUCCUGUGACGACACCACUGAACCCACAUGAACGGACACGGAAGAUGAUACUAUUGGUGUCAAGUAGAAGAUGGAAACAUAGAGUGAGGGACAUCUGAUACCCCUGUCUCAGACCUGCAGGUUGAGUACCUGAUUAUACCUUGUCGAUGGUGGUCUCUGGCGGUGCAUGAAGCUUAAUGACUUGCAUAGCAAUUAUUUGGAACUAAAAUGUAUGGCCUGUAGUAAACGGAAUAGAGCUUUGUAUGUAUUUCUCUCACUUGCAGAUCGAUGUCAAUCAUCUAAUAUA